CGCACGGUCGCGCUCACAUAAGAAACUGGGAUUCGAGAGGCAACCCCCUACUCGCGAGCCGCGGCGCGGUUUCCGUGAGCGGAAGAGAUUCGGUACCCGGGGAAUGUCCGUGCUCGCGUGACGCAAUCGCGACUACACCAACCGCGAAAAUUUCGUUUCGACGUGACAUCGUCGUCAGCCGCCUUGGGACUUCGGGAAGGCCAGUUAAUUGACUCGACGACGCUCGAUUCGCGACUAAGCAGCCGCGUACCCCCACCAUCGCCUGAUCACCGGCCACGAGUGCGUCCGAUCGAGUACGAAAACGCUCGAGCCGGCCAUCCGGCCCGUCGGAUCGGGUCCCGUCGCCUUCGUCCGGCCGUUCCCGUCGGUUUUGGGCCCGCGCUCGACGAAUCGCGUGUCUCGAACCCCCCACUGCUCCGCUGGACAUGAAGAAGGGAGGCCAUCGGGCCUCCUGGACGACUCUUGCAGCCGUCAACGAACCAGAAAACAUGCCCCGCGCUGAGAAACCAACGAUCUCCAUGGAUGCCUAAGGAUGUUCCUCGACGCAACCAGAAGCGGAGGAUGUUCCUCUAUCCGUUUCCUCUUCCUCUUCUCUCUCUACUUCUUCUCCUUCUCACCGCGCUACCUCUUCUUCUACCUGGUGACGGACGAGCCCGACCAGGCGGAGGAGGAUCUCCAUGGGAAGAAGCGUCGAGGGUGAAAUCGUCUUAAUGACGGGGUGCGGGAUGCUCGAUGACGCUGUUGCACACCGACGUGGAGGGAAACAGAGGGAAGAAAGGCAGAGGAAAGGAGAAGAACGAGAGAAGAAGAGCGUGUGAGAAUACGAGAGGGCCAGAGGGGCAGAAACGAUCAACCAAAGUUCCUAUUUUUCACGUGUUUUAUGCGAAUAUCGCUUAACAAAGUAGGACAUAAGAAGAGAAGAAGAAGAAGAAGAAAAAGAAGAAGGGAGAUUAACGCGUUUCUCUCUCGGAUUGUCCGUAUCCGGGAUUCGCCUGAUUAAAGUGGGCAGAAGCGCGGAGGGUGAAACGUGGGACACGCGCGAACACGCACGCCGGAAACCUCGUGUCCGCGGCACCAGGGACACCCUCCCGCGCUAAUUAGCCAGCCAAUUAGAAAGACCGCGGCCAUGCGUAAUGAGCUGCGCGCGCAAAAGUUCCUAAACGCCACGAUACAAUGUUUUUUCAUGCGGAUGCCUCGUCUCGCCGGCCUGCUAGCGUUACAGGCGACCACUGAUAAUAUUGAUAAGACGUAAUAUACGCUAAGCCGUAGAGAAUAAAGUAGUAAAACAAAGGAAAAAGAACAAAAAAACAAUUUAGCGAAAGUUAACGCGACAAGCAAGAAGAGCUGCGGGAUAUCGGGACCGAGUUUACGUCUUCGUGGUGAAAAAUCGAAGAAGUCGCUGGUUUAUAAACGACGAUGCUGUUUACCAAGAGUAUGAAUCGAGCGGAAUGUGAAUUUUCAAAAAGGACGAUCGUCCUGGGAGAAGGGAAAUCGUGUCUCGCAGCGUCCAGAUUCGUCAGGCAAUAAGAAAACACGUACGAAUUUAAAGAAAAAAAAAAGAAAAAAAAAGAGAAAAACAGGAUAUCUGGGUGGCUGUGCCGAAACGGACAGAGUGUAAUUUAAUCCGCGAAGUUCCAGCGAAUCGAUCGAGUCCCGAUCGCCCAUCGAAGCAGCCGUUUUCUCCAAAUUUCUUCCCUUCCUUCUCCUCUUUUCUUUUUUUUUUUAAACCAAAGGAAUCGUCGUUUUGAACGUAACCGAGCUGCCACGUGGCCGCUCCCCUUGAAGCAAUCCUCGAACCGCGACGGUGGUGUCCUGUCGACGGUGUUUUUAACCUCUCUGAGCGAAACGAUUCUCGCGCUACGAUUAAUAAAUAUAUACCUAGAAAAUUAAGCGAAGAAGAGCAAAUCUAUAUAUAUAUAUAUAUAUAUACAUCUAUAUUAUAUAUACACACUUGGAAAAGCGUAUUUAAUUAUAUAUUCCUAUACACAUGCAAGGAGCACAUGUACAGGUAUUUUAAUAAGCUCGCGUAUAACUAGCCUCGGUAUAAGUGUUCCGAUAAAAAAGUACUAGCGAGGGAAGCACAAAAGGUAAAGCUCGACGCUUAGAAGGAAAAAGAAAAAAAAAAUUUCGCCGGAUUUGUUCCCUCGCCUUCCGGUUUCCGGCCAAAGAACAACGCAAAUUUUUGCAACAACAAGAUUGGUAUUUUUUAUGAAACGCGACACAGCAACUGCGGUGGAACGAUAUAGUAGAGGACGAGGUUAAAGGAGUAUAAUAAAAUGUCGACGAUGAGUGUCGUGUCGAAUUCGUCGGUCGAGGUCGACUCGGAUUCCUCGAACGACGUAUCCAGCAAAGACGAUGGACCCGCCGAGCAAAAGUUCAUCCUGCGUAACGAGCUGUACAACAGCCUGCUGGCAAGCGCCCUCGGCAAGACGGUGCUCAACAGGCACCUGAACUUCAAGGAGCAGGGGAUUAAUUUUAAUCUGGCCAAUUUAAAGGAUAACCUGAACGCGCUUGGCGCCCUUAAGGAGCUGAAGGAUCUCAAGGGUUUGACCGUGAGCAGCGUGCCGGCUUUCCCAAGAAACCUUGCUCUGCAUAGGGAGGACCACGACGAGAAAGCCUCUUUCGCGUGGUCUGAGGGCGGCGAGGAAGGUGGCGGGGGCGGAGGAGGCGGCGGAGGUGGAGGCGGAGGCGGUGGUGGAGGUACAACCGGCACCGGUACCGGAAGCACGGGCCCAACCGCCGCCGGAGGCGGUGGAUUGGCCCAUUGGGUCAGCGUGAUGGCGGAACACAUCCACAAUCCACACUCAGCUACUGGGGUGGGCGGUGUCCAUCAUCAGCAACAGUCACCCCCUCAGCCACCCUAUCCAUGGAACAACGGCCUCUCCGGUGAUCAAUGCAAUCCGCACGACAAGGAGAGCGACUAUUGGGGUGGCGGACGGGGCGCGAAACAAGGUUACGAGCACUUUCUGUUGCAGGCGAAAAUGAACGCGGACCAUGGCCAACUGCAGAAAGGUGACGAACAAUAUCGAGGCGCCGGGGGAUCCAGCAGCGGAAGUCCUCCAGCGAGUCUGCUGGUGGUUCCUCAACCUUUGACCGUAAAACCAUCUCAUCCGUCGCAUCUGAACCCCCAUUUAGGUGGACCACACUCUCAUCCGCCGAGAAAGUACCAAUGCAAGAUGUGUCCACAGAUCUUCGGUAGCAAGGCGGACCUGCAGCUCCACACGCAGAUCCACAUGCGCGAGGCGAAGCCGUACAAAUGCACCCAGUGCUCGAAGGCGUUCGCGAACUCCUCGUACCUGUCCCAGCACACCAGGAUCCACCUGGGCAUCAAGCCGUACCGCUGCGAGAUUUGCCAGCGGAAGUUCACCCAACUGAGCCACCUACAGCAGCACAUCCGCACGCACACCGGUGACAAACCGUACAAGUGCCGGCAUCCAGGCUGCACGAAGGCGUUCAGCCAGCUGAGCAACCUACAGAGCCACUCCCGCUGCCACCAGACCGACAAGCCGUACAAGUGUAACUCCUGCUACAAGUGCUUCUCCGACGAGCCCAGCCUGCUCGAGCACAUACCGAAGCACAAGGAGUCGAAGCACCUUAAAACGCACAUCUGUCAGUACUGCGGCAAGAGUUACACCCAAGAGACCUAUCUGGCGAAGCACAUGCAGAAACAUGCGGAGAGGACGGACAAGAGACCACCAAUAAUCGGUACGGGGCUCAGGCCGUCGAUCCACGCAAUGGCGGCUCAUCAUCAAGACCAUUAUUGGCCGAAAGUCAGUCCAGACUCGGUGAUCAGCGAUCUACACGACCGACUGCCUCAUCACCACACCGACUACCAUCAAAAUCAGAACCCGGAGAUGCUAUUACCUGGCCACGGACACCGUGGCGAGUCCAUCGAGAACGAUUCGAGGCAACAGACCCCUCAACCGGGCGCCAACCAUCACCCAAACAGUAGUUCGGCAUUUACGCCGAUCUCGUCGAUCUCGAUAAAUUCCAUCUCCUCCAUGCAACAUCCAUUGAAUCCACUGAACCACUUGCACUACCCUGGCAGCCAUCAUCCAGCCUCCAGGCCAUAUCUCUACGAAGCCUUCAACACAACGCAGAAAUCCUCGCCGGCGUCAUCCUCGUCAGGGGUCACGUCAGGCACGACCAGCAACCAGAACGCGACCUCCUUCCCGAACCAGUUGAUCAGCCUCCAUCAAAUCAGGAACUACGCGCACCAACCCAACCUUGGAAAUCUCGGGAACUUGGGAAACCUGGGAAACCUGAGUAAUCUGAGCAACCUAAGCGCGACAAUGGAGAGCCACGCUCUCCUCGGUGGACUCAAGGAGAAACAGUAACUCCGGCUGGUCGCGGAGAUUAGGAACAAAAACUAUUUGCUACUUCUCCUCGAUUUCUUUUUUUCUUCUUCGUCUAUACCUGUACCUCGUCCCUAUGUCCUAUUUUUCCCGCGAUCUUUACAGGGUCCAGGAUGUUUGUAUGAUAUUUUACAUCUCGUUAUGAGUUUGUUCGAAAGGGAAACGCCUAUCGAACAUUCGCUGCUCCUACGUUUCGCCCUUAUACUUCUUUUAGCAUUUAAUUUCUAUGGGACAUUCUGAAAACUGUUUGCGGUGUGUGCAUGCAGCCUGAUCAAGAGUGAUUUUGUGUAGGGUUCCUGUCUUUAUUUAGGAUGGUGCUGGGGGUAGUUAUUCGCUGUGCGAUAAUAGUCAGUUUGUAAAACAAUUGUAUAUUUUUAUACAUUUUGGUUUAACAGGAAUCGCUUACACGUAUAAGCAUAAAUAUACUUGAAUAUAUAUCUCAAAGAUGAGAUACCUAUUUAAAAAAGAAAUACUGCGUUUUGUUUACUCUUUAAACGAUCUCUUUCGUUAGUUAAUGAGAACUGUGGAAAACAGACCCAUUUACGUAAAUUUAAAUAAUUGAAAAUAACGAAUAAUAUAUAGAAUAUUCUAUAUUUGGAAGAUCAGAUAACUUAAAGAAAAAAAUUUUUCAUUUUCUUGUACAAUCUUAAACGAUUUUAUUUCAUCAGAUAACAGCCUGGAACUGUUAAUGAAAACGAUCGCAAACGUAUCUAAACAGCGAAAGAUCGACGACUCGAUCAAAAAAGAAGUACUCUACCGUUAUUUCCAUCGAGGAACAUUAAUCUUGUCGAAAAACAUUUCACGAGUCGAGUGCAAAUCGAUUUGGCGACUUUUAAUCGUUUCAAUGCUACUGAUCAUUCAUGCAUGAAGAACAAAUAUUAGAAAGUACCCUGUUCGAUGUGGUAUCGAUCGGGUAACUUCCUAUCGAUCCGCCGAGAAUCGGCAAAAUCGAUUUGCGAUCGAAGUCCUCCCAAUAUAACCAAGCGUUUAACCACGACGCUGAUUAACUUUCACGUUCGUACUUAGCUAGAAAAUAACUUGGAACGAUAAUCGACGAGCAUGUUUCUCGAUGUUCCCUCCGAUUAUCCGUGGCGAAUAGCCAUCCGACUAUCCUGAACUCUUCACUUGAAUUUACCACAUUUCCUAACGAAACUAUUUUCGAGAGACGUCCUUCUUCAGUUCCAAGCGAAUACUUUCAUCCUCCUCCUGCAAUCCACCCCGAAGAUCUCCUUAGGUUAACGUUCAACUUCAAGUUUAACAGUCCUCCUAAGUCUUCUUUUCUUUCUAUUGAUACUUAAUCAUCCGUUGGUCCCAUCGAUUUAUGGUGUUACUGAUAUUGGAGAAUGAUUUUAAUCUGGCAGAAUUGUAUAGUUUGAAUAAGGUUUUGUUACUAUGAAAGUUGUACAGUGGGGUUGUUUAGCGAAAUUUAGAAAUUUGGGCUUGUUUAACUCGGAUUUUCGUAAUUUCGUUGGAUCAGUGAUUUGUGGUUGAUUUUUUGGUAUUUAAUUUGCAAACAAUGUUGUCGUUUUGUUACACGUAUUUUAUAUACGUAGUAUGAAUAUUAAAUAUUCUUCAUAUAUGUAAAUAUUCUUCAUUGUAUGAUUGCGUAACACUGUACGAGGAGAGUAUCCUACAGAUAUACAAAGCAUCACCUCGAAGAUUAUCUUAUGAAAAUAUCCUUCCAGAGAACGAGUUCAAAGCGAUAAUUUCCCAGAAAUUUAGAAAAUAGUUCUAAAAAUUGCAGCAAUCACGAAACCAAUCGCUUUUUGAAACUCGUCCUGUACAUUCAACGAAAAAAACCUUGUGAAGUAGCAGAAACGUAGUUUAAAAGCAAUUAUUUCGUAGAUCAACACGUGCAAACCGUUUCGUUCAAUUUUCAUUACAUUUUCUAUUGCAAAGGUCUCUUAAUUGGUAUCAUUGAGGUUCAUGGCAAUUUCGAAUUGGAUUAUCUAAUAUUGAGAACGUAACGGAGAACGUAGAAUGCAAAAUGAAAAUAAAAAUCCUAAAUUUUAGUAAUCCAACGUGAAUCAUAAUCAUUUAUGAUGCAACGAUACUAUUCAAAGAUUAACUUUCAACAAACAUUUUUGGUUCAUAGAUAGCUAUGAUAGUUAUCUACCUAAGACAUGAGACAAUACGAAGACUACGAAUUGAAAUUAAAAAAAAAAAUACUUUGACAUUAAAUAUUUAAUUAAAUAUUUAAUCGAAACUGUUACCUACGAUCUAAUAAUACCAAUUGGGGGUUGAAACUCGAAAAUCGCUUAAAAGUCUCGUUCACGAUUAGAGGAAGAGAUGAAAAUGAGUAUAAUCGGGAGAGAAUCGAUGGGACCGCGGUUAGUUCCGUUCUUUUCGUGUUCCUGCCUCCCAGGAGCAUCGUACGUAAGAGGGAAUAGCAAAGCCAGGAGAAAUCGUGUCGUGGAGUAGAGCUAUUUUCCAAGGGGUGGCUCGCCCCCUGGAACCGGUGCGGGGGGAUGGGCACACCUUUCUAGGUCGAGUGGACGUUUCGUUCGCAACGGGAUAAUUAACGAAGCGAAUGUGUGUGUUUGUGUGUGUCUGAGCAUGCCAGAAACUCUUCUGUGUAUGUGUGUGCAUGUGUCUGUGUAUGUAGUUAGGCGAGUGGGUGGUAGAGGAGAAGAAAAAGAGAUAGGUGAAUGGAUAGUAAAGAAAAAGGAAAAAAGUUGAACGAGUGGGUGGCAGAAGAGAAGGAGAAGAGAUAGGCAAGUGGGUGAUGAAGGAAGAGGAAAAGAGUUGGGCAAGUGGAUGGUGAAGAAAAAGGAAAAGAGUUGGGCGAGUGGAUUUUAAAGGAGAAGAAAAAGAGAUAGGUGAAUGGAUAGUGGAGGAAAAGGAAAAUAUUUGGGCGAGUGGGUGGUAGAACAGAAGGAAAAGACAAAAAAAUUGGGAGUCGAAGCAUCGCACGCACCAUUUAAAUAGGAGUUACACGCGUACACACAUUACAUGAGGGCACAAAUCGUGUGAAUAGCUUUUUUUCAGCGAGAAAAAGGAGAGGACGCGAGUGAGUGAGGGUGCAAGAGAGAUUUAGGGUAGGUCGACGACAGUGCCACGAAAUAAUAAAUGCGAAAGUAACGGAGAUAAUAGGGAAUUAAAAAGGGAACGAGGAGCAGAGAGAAAGGGGAGAGAGAGAGAGAGAGGGAGAGAAAAAAGUAGGCGAGCAUGUUAGAAGGGGUAAGAUAGGGUUGGAACGCGAGCAACCAUACAGGCGCACAGAGAAAAAGAGAACGGUACGGAGAACCUCCAUGUACAUAGUUAUUAUAUAUAUAAAUAUAUAAAUAUAUAAAUAUAAAUAAAUGAAUAAAUAAAUAUUAUAUAUUAUUAUUAUUAAUUAAUUAAUUGAUCGAUAUUCGGUAGGUGCGUAAGGGAAAAAAAGAGAGCAAGAGGAUAUAGACUCUACUGAAGAUAUUCUAAGUACCUUGUCUAACACGAAUAUAAUUAAAGAAGUGAAAACCGUGUGAAUGAAAUGAAGGGAAUGAAUGGGAGAAUGUUCGAAUAAGAGUGAAGUUAAAAGAAAAAGCAAGCAAUCGUUGCCCAAAGUUAUUUACGAUAAUUUUUCUUUCUCUUAAGAGCGCGUUUCCGUUCUACGAAGCCGCGGUACGAUCAACCUUGGCGAUCGGUUCUUUCUCUACUUAUCACGCCGUUAUUUCUUUUCCUUUCAUUUCGAUAGUCUAUAAAAUGAAGAUCAUCGAUCGUCGUGGCUUAUCGAGCCCGGUUAUUUAGAAAAAUUCGAGACGUACGAAAAUUCGACGUAUGCCGAAUGAAAAAAGAGAAGAAGAACACACGUGUACUAUAGAUAAUUUCUUGUUACGGCGCCGCCGAUGUCUCGUUUCGUGGCUCUCUUCUUAAUCGGUUUUGAUCGAUCCGCGAGGUGCAGGGCUAUAAAAAGAUUUUUCUUUUAUUUUUAUCAUUUUCUAACUGAACUCUAACUCUUUUUACUUUCUUGUCGUUUUUACGUCCAUUACUUCCUUUUCUACGAAUAAACGAUAUUCUAUUCUAAGGUCCAUCUUCCUUAUGGACAGAAAAAGAAAAUAAAUAAAAAGGAAGUGAGGCACACGAGACGCGACACGUCGGCGCUUCACCUGUGCUCAAGUUGUUUAAAACUAUUAGUUUGUUAACUAAGAAGCGAGAGAGGUUGGAAGAAAGAGAGGGAGAGAGAGAGAGAGAGAGAGUGAGUUUGAAAGAGAGAGAGAGAGAGAGAGAGAAAGAGAGGGAGGAGAGAGAGAAUGAACGAAAGACUGGAAUGAGUGAGAAGGAGUAAACGAGAAAGUGUUAAUUAAUAAUUCCGCGUGGAAAGCGGAGCCCGAUCGCGGUCUCUCGUUUCGUUCGACGUUUGUUCUUUUUCGUUUAUUUCAAGAUCGACUUAUGAUCGUCGACAAGGAAUAAACGAUUCAAACAUAGUAGAUCGUUAAAUGAAUGUGAAGCAAAGAGAACAGGAGAACGUCGAAGAAAGCGCGCGAGAAAAAUCGUAGAACAAAAGGGGCGGUUGUAUUCGGGCAAGAAAUACUGAAAGGAAAAAAAAACACGAAAGUGAUCGUCUUUUUUUUUCUUUUUUGUUCGUUGAUAACGAAAUUGAACACGAGGGUGAGGGUGGGGACGGGGCGAGAGUGGAGGAAUUUGUUUUUUUUUUAAUUCGGGGGUUGUGGGUGGUUAUAACGAGCGUCGUCGUCUUCGUCAGGUCCCCCCGCGCUUUAAUUGUGAUCUUUUUUUUGUGUCUAUCCUUUAGUUUCCAUUUGAUGAUUAUUUUAUUAUUAUUUUAUUAAUAUUAUUAUUAUUAAUAUUAUUAUUAUUAUAAUUAUGAUUUCGUUUAAUAAACUGUCACAUUAAAAGGACAAACGUCUGACUUGGCGGAGGAAGUGACAGACUGGUAGUGUUCUUCUGUCACGUCAUCAUCUUCCUCCCCUGAGACUACCACCAGCCCCCAUCAAUUCGAAGAACCCUCUCCUUUCUCUUCUUCACGAACAUAAAUCGCGUGAAGGAACUCCUUAUCCCUAAGUAAGUUUCUUUUCUCAUAUUUCUCUUAGGAAACAGAGGUUCUUCCGUUUUAUUCUAUUAUAUUUUUAACAACGCGAAUUUGAUUUACAGAUUGAAGUCACAGAGUUGAUUCUAGAUAGUUUCUUGUCGUAAAGGAACCUAAUCUCAAAAAAUCUUUUCCCCCCUUUGUCUUCCACGAUAGAUUUUUCCACUUGUUCUUCUCUUUUUAGUUGUCUUCUCAUCGUUGUACUUACUAGUUUACUCUCUGUUCUGUUCUUCCAUUAUCUUUUUCUUUCCUUGUCCUUUUUUCUUUUUUUUCUUUUUUUCUUUUUUUUUUGACGAUAAAAUCUGCAGUGAGAUGCCGUCCAUUAUGCUUUCGGAAACUAACGAAGAUUACCAAGGGACACGGAGGAUCGAUCGUUCGCCAGCGCAAGUUCCUCAAGCUCGUUGAUUUCGAGUCGACGAAAAAUGGAAUUCCUUUCUCGCGUCUUGUGGGUUUUUACGCGAAUCACGCGUUGAUCUUUGCGGAUAACGAUAAAAAUCGACCACGACAAAAGGCAAUUUCACAAUACAUCGGAGAAUUCAUUUUUCAUAAACUUAGGGUAUCGCCAUUAACGUUGAAAUUAAUAUUUCUUGAAGUACUAGGACUGUUAAUAGAUGCUUCACGAGUAAGACGAAUAAGCUGUAAGCGUUCGCUCGUUUGUUUUCGUUCGUAGUUGUAGAAACGAAAAUUGUUAAAUUCUUUGUCGUUGUACCAUUUGAAAAAUACGAUAUUGUUGAAAGGUUAAAUUUUAAUAGAAUGUAGAUAAAGAGUCUUUAGAAUCGUAGAAUAUUUUUCUUCUAAGGAAUGAUUAAGAAUUUACAUUGAAUGUAUCAAUCGCUUGCGGAACCAUCGAUCCUUUCGAUCCUCGCGUACAAUCAGUUCCUUUCAAUAAAAUUUGUUCAUUUUCUGGCAAUGAAUAACUGACGCAAAAAAAGUGAUAAAUCGUCGAGUCAUGUACAAUACGUGAAUUGGUCUGCCAAAAGAACAGAUGGAAAACAAAAAUGAUUGGAAUGCUUGCGGUCUUUCGAAGAAUAAACAAAUUAUCGCUCAUUCAAUAAACAAAUUUUAUUUGACAGUAAAAAAUUACGAACUUUGCUGAUUUUCUUUUUUCCUGUAGCAUUAUGAAGAUUAAAUUAAUGGAUAGACUUUUUCAGAAGGCCACAGGCAUGUUCUUAAUCGAAAUCUCUUUAUGGUUCCACACCGGGUCCCUUUAACCCUGAAACGUAAAUUCAUUCAGUCUUCGCUGUUUUCGCUGUUUUAAUACUAUGUACAUACGCGUUUAAAAUUUCAAAUUUUCUUAAUAGAAUAAAACGUGAUAGUUUCAUCGAAUAUUUCAGAACAUUCUUUUGUAAAAAGCUAUUGUUGAGAAUCUUGGGUAUAAGAAGGUUAGGCGAAAGUACACAAUUGUUGAAGAAAGUGUUUGAAUAUUUACCGUAGAAAAUUUCUAUGCAUAGAAUUACGCAUGUUACGUAUGUUAUGUAUAUAAUAGGACAAUUCAAGUUUCAUAAUUGAUUAAGUUACAAUUUUAUUCUCUGUUACGAUACGUUUUUACGAUUUGAAAGAAAAAAAGAUUUCUUUACAACAAUAGAUAUAACUAUUUUGACUAUUUACAUUUUAUUUUGCGCUCUCUGCGAAACAUAUAUUUACACAUAUACUCGUACGGUUUCUAUAUACAUUUUCAAAUUUGUUUCACACUUUACCACCGAUAUAGUUAUUAUAGUCGUAUCUUAUUACGGUACUAAUGAAAUUCUAAAAUAUUUCCUAGAUAUAUAACACAUGAGGCGCGUAUAACACAAUAUUCAUAAAACAUUUCUACAAGUGUUCGAACACUUUCUCCACUGUAUUGAUCUUCUCGAUUGUGAUAAUGAUUUUCUUGACUGAGAGAUGAGAAUUGGAAAGACUGGUUACACUUUGUUUUACCUUUAAUUGAAUCGUUAGCGACGUAGUGGAUCGAGAAAAUUGCGAAACGUUUCUUGAUCGAUUGGCGGGGGGGUGGAAAAUGGAGUAGGCAAUAGUUGCGAGGCGACAAUGGGAGACUCCACUUCUCUUUAUUAUCUGCGGAUUAUCCGAUCGAUUCCUUUUGAUUACCACGUUAUGUAGCGAUUACCGAACGAACAAUAAAUGUAAUAAUUUUAUCCGUAAUCCAUUGCCCACAGAUCUGCUCGAUACUUAUCGAAUUCUUCAGGGUUAAAGCGACUGAGUAUCUUCUUAAAAGCGUUUCUACGAAACCAUACUCGUUGUAUAAUCGUCAAUUUCGCGAAGAGAGAAAGGGUUACAAGCGUAACGAACACGUGCGUGUCUGCGUGUACGACUGGGUAAUAAAAUAAACGACCGUAUAAAUGAAGAUGUAUGAUAGAAACGAAAGUGCAAAAGAGCGAAAGAAUGUCGAAAAGAUGGAGAGACUCUCACAUAGGCAACGUAAGGAAAACAAUAUAUUGAUUAUAUUGCGCGGUACGAACAGAACUGUGAUAUUUUAUUGUAUAAAUUUACGGAGGACAAAGAAAAAAAAAAGAUGAAGAAGAUGAAGAAAAAAAAAUAUGAAGAACAAAUCUCUAAACGGAUAUACUUAUACGGUAGUAGAAACGCGCGCGGGAUAUUACUGUAUUUUACAAAGAAGUGCAUCCUUAAGCCAUUUAAAAGAAAAGAAAAGAACAAAAAAAAGAGGGAGAAAGAGAAAAGGGGGAAAAAAAGAGAAAAGGGAGAAGAAAACGGACGCGAUCAUACGCAAUAGCGUGCGCGCGUCUAGGCCGGGUAUCCCUUUUCGAAGAUUGAGUUUCACGUCAGCUUCCGCUUUACGAACGAACCGCCUCGCGGAAGCUCUCGCGGGGGCAAAUAACCAAAGGAGCUUCUGUAAUAAUUAACGAAGAAAAGCUUCUCAAAGAGUUCAAUCGAAGAAUUAAAACGACGCCCUCUGUCCGGUCCAUUCUCAGCUUUAAAAGGAAUACCCGGCGAUUUUCGGGCCAAUCGUGAAGCCCUAGCGUCUAAUCGUUUCCUGUUUGUAAAGUAUAUAUAUAGAUAUAUAAUAUAGAUAUAUAUGAAUUAAAUGUUUGAUAAGAGAGAAAGAGAGCGUGAGAAGGAAGUGAAAGAAGCGAAAGUGCGAUACGAUGAACCGAUCAAGAUCCGAUUGCAACGUUAUUCGUGAACGAUUUUAAAACAGACAUACUCAGAUACAUACACGUGGUCUCGUGCAUACAGAAAUCUACAUACACACAUACACACGCGCGCACACACACACAUACACACACACACACACACACUCUGUUUAAUAGUUUAUAUAGAGUAAGUAAAAUACGCUGAAUUACAUCUGUAAAGUCUCGAACGGAAGAUCACAUUUUUUCGCGUUUACUCUAAUCGUCCCUCGCCCGAGCCCCAAGAAUAAAAAUGGAGAAAGAAUGUCGAAGAAUACCGUGUUUCCUAAUCCCCUGCCGAUCGAGAAAACCUGAGAGACAGAGAGAGGGGGAAAGUGAAUGGAAUGAUUCGAAGGCAUAGAGAAAUUGACUGAUUCGGUUUUAAUGUUGCUGUAAAAUCUCGUAAAUUUGCAAGGGGCGGUAUUUUUUACUUUCGUUUGAAUUAUGAACAGCAUCGGUGUGAAAUAUUUCCAGUAAUUUUAAGAAAUUGUAUAGACAGUUUUUAAUGAAUAUCAUGUUCUGUAAGAAUUUUCUUUUUUGUUUUUGUAUUUCUAAUAUAGAUGCAAAUUAAAGAUAGAAACGUACAACGAACAGAAUGCAAGAAAGAUUUUAUGGGAAAGCUGGUAAGGAUAAUGCAAGUUUUGAAAUUUGAAAAGUAAAGUUUGCGAUGUUUUACAGCGAUAUUAUUUAAGAUUACGAAGAAUGAAACGAAAUCAGGUGUUACUACAAAUUACGUAGAUGAGAAGAGGAGGUGACAGCGUAAACUGCGACCGGUGAAUUAUCAGACAAAGAUCACGGGAAUUCGAUGCCCGUUUGGAAAUGUUUAAACAGCGAGGAAUACUUCGACGAUGCUUGGAGAGAAGAAAUUUUACAAUUUUUCCUUGACAUGAGAAACACUCGCUGGCCGCCGAGUGGCGGAAUAUUUUAAUAAAUGAAGGGGAAAUCCACCUGAAUUUCGCUCCAAUCCGUCUAACGCGAAUCUCCACGGUGUAUGUAAUAAUUUUUCCUUAAUAAAACACAUUGGUUAAAAGCCAGAAAUACUCCAUAAUCUUAAGAAAAUGAAAAACCAUUAAUAAACAGAGAAACCGUCACAGAAAAAUUCUAUAUAAUCCACGAUCCUUAAAUCUGAAUCCUUUCAUAAUCCAAAGUAAGUACCUCCGGUGCACGUUGUUCUUAAUCAGAGAAAAAAUAAAAAUCAUUUCGCGAAAGGUAACAAAAAGAUUUACGAAAUAUGCUCUCGAAGUGUUCCGCAAGACUGAAAGGCCUGAAAAUUUAAAUAAUCAAAGUCUUUCGUGUUCACCGUGUCGCAGUCUACAUCCACACAACCAAUUUCAUCCCCUAACGACAUCGCCCGCAAGAACUCGUCGUUCGAACGCAAAAUCCAGUAAUUUUCUGAUCCCUGGAACGAUGCGAAAAAUCAGGAACCAUUCUCCACGAUAGAUAGAUCAUAAAACGAGAGGAACAGUGACGAAACUCGUGCUAUUAAUUAAUAAACCGUCGGCGUGUACGCAUGAACGUGAUACAACGAACCGAGACGAUCAUCGUUCCACUAAACGUUUUGAAUAUUAUAAAAAUAGAAAAAGAAAAAAAGAGAGAUCAUGGAACGUUGCUCGUCCUGAAACAAGAAACGAUCGCAGACUGAAUAAAAAGAGAGGAACCGUGCGUUUUUCGUUUUCUUUCUAACGCGAGCACGACAACGGUACAAAAGAAUUAAAAACUAAAUAAAGGGAAGAAAAUGAGAAAACGAAGAUGAAGAUGCUCGCGCGUUCUCGUGAAGCGAAAUUCGUACAAGGAACCGGGUUCUUUUCAAUGAUCCAAAGGUUUCGUGAUAGUCUUUAUAAAAAUCGUUGAACAAAAGCUCCUGGCGAACGUUUUUCUGUACGAAUUUCGCGAGAGAAGCCUCAUUGGUUGCAGCGAAUCCUGUUCGAGGACGAAGAACGACGAUCUGCGAAGGAGUUAAUGGAAUUUACAAGGGACUAUAGAGGAACAUCGAAUAGCGGAUGCGUCUUUCUUGGUCCUUGAUCGUCUGGUGAAGCAAAGUAUCGCAAAAAAUGGAACCGGUGUUGUAUUCAUAAUCGAUUUUCAGAGUUUUUCGCGACCAUUUCUUCUUGAUCCCCUCUGUCUCGCGCAGACAGACCUUGUAAAACAAGCCCCCAAUCAUCGACACUAACUGUUCGUCCUUUUUAACAAAUAUAACAAAACUUACGUCUUACUAA